AUGUUCCGAAAUACUUAUCAGGGCGGACUUUUGUCCAUCUUAUACAGUUGCGGAUCGGCUCCUCUGGAAUUAUGGGACAUGCACGUGAAAAAUGGAUACAUUCGAAGAAUCACAGAUGAGGAGAUAAAAUCAUUGGCGUUAGAAAUAGCCGGCACUAACGUGGCUACGACCUACAUUUAUUGUCCAGCAGAUCCAAAGAAAGCGUUGGGUAUUAAGCUACCUUUCCUUAUCAUCAUCAUCAAGAAUAUGAAGAAAUAUUUCACGUUCGAGAUAACAAUACUGGACGAUAAAGAUAUGCACAGGAGGUUUCGCGUGAGCAAUUUCCAGAGCACAACACGCGUCCGUCCAUUUUGCACGUCCAUGCCCAUCGGGCUUUCAGGUGGAUGGAAUCAGAUUCAGUUUAAUCUGUGCGACUUCACACGACGAGCCUACGGCACGAAUUACAUCGAAACCACCAGAAUGCAGAUUCAUGCUAAUUGCAGAAUCAGACGAGUUUAUUUCGCUGAUAGGCUUUAUUCAGAGGACGAAAUAUCGGAAGACUAUAAACUCUUUUUCCCCAUACAUCGUAAGAAGUGCGUUAGAGAGGAGAGAGUACUAAAGAAACCCAGCGUGGUACUUGAAAAGGUACCACCCGUCAUUACGGAGGAACCGACUAUCAAAGCGGAAGUGCAAAUGGAAGAAAUGAUUGAACCACCAAUUCCGAAAGAAGAAGUUAAGGAUUUAAUCGAGGAAGUGGUGUCUGAAAAGAUUGAAGAGAUUAUUGUAGAAGAUAAAAAAGUAAUAAAAAGAGAUGAAGAGGAAGAUGAAGAGAAAGAAGAGGAAAAAGAAGGUGAAGAGGAAGAAGAAAAAGAAAAAGAAAAAGAAGGUGAAGAGGAAGAAGAAAAGGAAAAGGAAGAAGAAGAAGAAGAAGAAGAAGAAGAAGAAGCUGAA